AUGAUCCAAGACAAAUCAAUGUAUGCUUAUAAUUCACAAGAAAAUUCAAUUCUAUUACAACAGUAUUGUUCCAUCUAUCAAACAGAAGUUAAGUACAAAAGAAAUUCUGCAGGAAUGCUAUUAUUCACUGGUAUGUCACUUAUAUUACUCAUUGUGAUUUAUAGCUCACACAGUAUGGUGAGCUGUUCACUUGAACAUCGUACAACGAAGAAUUCAACGAAGAUUGAUCCGCGAUAUGGUCGAGUCAGAAAUCCAAAUGUUGCUCUCAAGGACGACUGUGCACUAAGAGCUUUCACUAUCGAAAUGGCUGGGUACAUCGCGCCUCCGUUUUGGAAAAGUGACUGGACAACACUCAGUGAAAGUGCAUUUCAAAUGGAUGAAUGUAAUGAAACAAUCUAUCGUACUUACCGAUCACCCAAUAGUCCUUCACUGUUCGCAAAUAGAGAAAAAACGAAAGCAGAUAACUGUUAUCGCACAGUAUUUGUCAACGGGAAAACGGGUGACGAUCGAUGGAAUGGAACAUUUGAAAUGCCCUUGAAAACUAUUCAGGCAGCUGUAUUAUUAACGCGGAUGUUUCGUAUCGCAUACGGUAGUAACAAUACGAUGUGCAUUGUUAUACGUGAAGGGACGUACUAUCUCGGUGCAAAUGCAACUACAUCGAGUAGUCGAAUGGGUGCGAUUCAGUUAACAAGUGCUGAUAGUAAUCUUGUGAUACAGAAUUAUCUAGAUGAACGUGUCAUAUUAAGUGGUGGUACGUUAUUAUCAUUACAAUGGUCUGUCCAUGCAAAAACAACAACUAACCGUACCAUCAUGAAAGCGAAAAUACCAUCCUAUAUUGACUUAGAUCAAUUUAAUGAAUUAUAUAUUGAUGGUAAACGUGCGAUUCUUGCCAAGUAUCCGAAUGGUGAUCCAUCGACUCAAGGCUUAUAUGCUAAAAACCCAGGAUUUUGUUUUGAGUGGCAAAAGUGGUGGGGACCUACUCCGAAUAGAAGUCUAGAAGUACAUGUACAAGUGCCGUUUCGCAAUGGUACGGUGUUUACGAAUUUUCAACUUGGUGUGGGCGGUGGUGCAUACGUUUUUGAUCCGCCUACGAACUUUUGGAGCACAGCGGCACCACCUGCUGGUGACAAUUACGUAACUACUCGCGGUAUUACUGUGAAUAAAGAUACAUUACCACAUAUGAGCAAUUGGACUAAGUCUACCGCUGGUUUGGUGCAUACAUUUCAAGGUGAAUAUUGGGGCAGCUGGAUAUUUCAGAUAGGGUCGGUCAAUAGUACAGAAUACACCAUUAUGUUUGGCCGAGGGGGAUUUCAAGAAGCACGAGGUUUAAGUUGGGGUGGCGCAUUUUAUGUCGCUAAUAUUUUCGAAGAACUCGAUUCACCCAACGAAUGGUUUCUAGAUAAAGAUAGCCGUACUCUCUACUUUAUGCCUAAUGAAACGAUGCCGAACGCUUUCGUUGCCAGUCAAGUUCCUUGUCUUAUUUCUUUGCGUGGUAUUAGUAUUGAUGAUCCAAUCUAUAAUGUACGAUUCGAAGGUUUAAUACUAUCAGAAACGACGAGUACAUACAUGCGGGAAUAUAUGGUACCAGGUGGCGGCGAUUGGGCUGUUCAUCGAGGCGGUACUCUAUAUCUAAUGAAUACGAAAGAUGUUAGUAUAUCACGAAAUUUAUUUACACAACUAGGCAGCAAUGGUAUCGCACUAAUCGAUUAUAACGAUGCAACUUCGAUUGUUAUGAAUGAAUUUGUAUGGUUAGCAGACUCAGCGAUCAUUCUCGUCGGUAGUACGAAUGGAAUCGAUGGGUUUAGUGUGCGAAGUCAACCGGCAAAUACACUGAUACAAUCGAAUUUAAUGCAUGAAACCGGUAUUUACAAUAAACAAUCUUCGCCUGUGCUAAUCGCUGUUAGUCGCAGUGUAUCUGUCAUUGGUAAUCUAAUGUUUAAUGUACCACGCGCGGCAAUCAAUAUCAAUGACGGUUAUUAUGGGAAUCAUACACUCAGUUGGAAUGUAAUGUUCAACACAGUUCGGGAAACGAGUGAUCAUGGACCUAUCAAUACAUGGGAUCGGCAACCGUUUUUGAGUGAUGCGACUCAACCUGGCGUGCCUUCACUCUGGCAACAUUACAGUUAUAUUCACCAUAACACGAUUUUUAACAAUUAUAAUGCUCUGUGGCCUAUCGAUCAUGAUGAUGGCAGUUGUUUCUACGAAGACAGUUAUAAUUUUCAUGUCUAUGGUGGUAAAAAGAAUUUUCUAGGUCACUCAAAGAAAGAUCAUCAUCAAAUCUACGUCUACGCAGAUAUGAAUCGAGGUGAUUUCGGUAGUAAUACAUGUUUGGGCUUUUAUGCACCUCGACGAGGUUUUAGCGGAUGGAAUGAAGUUUGGAUGAACAAUACUUGCAUACUUUAUAAAAUUCCAGUGCCUUAUGUUAUCGGAAACUGUGAUACUGCUGAUUUAUUUGUACCCUAUUUAGCAAACAAUAAAAUAUACAUUCCAAAUGGUACUGAAGCAAUAUUUCCAUGCAAUAUCAAUGGUACCAGUACAAAGCUUAGUUUCAAACAAUGGCAGUCAUACGGAGUAGAUAACGGUACGAUUAUUGAUUUGACACCCGAUGUUCAAAUAAUCGUUGAAUGGGGCCGUCAAAUGUUACAAACAAUAAUUUAA